AACACAAAACAGUUGACGUUGACCAACACUUCCUACAUAACGCAAAUAAUUAAAGCUGAUCUCAAUUUUAUGCGGUAACUUUAAUAAAUAAAUCGCUGUAGCUAAGUAAAAUCAUGUCCAAAGUGACGGUGCAGGAUAUAGAGGCAGUGGACGAUUAUUGGGGGCCAACGUUUCGUUCGAUUCUUGAAGGCAACAAUAGUAAAUCCAUAAGUGAACAGUUGGACCAACGUAUUCGCAGCCACGACAAGGAGAUUGAACGUAUUUGCAAUCUGUACUAUCAGGGCUUCAUAGACUCUAUACAGGAGCUGUUACAGGUACGUACACAGGCAAAGCAACUGCACGAUGAGGUUCAUUCCCUGGAUACUUCGUUGCGCACAAUAAGUGCAUCGCUCAUUCAGCAGGGAAAUGAGCUGGUCCGCGCACGUCAGAUUGAAUCGAAUUUGGCUAGUGCCAUUGAAGCUCUCAAGUCCUGUCUGCCAGCCUUGGAGUGUUAUAUGAAAUUCACUCAGCAGGCCAAUAACAAGCAAUACUAUCAAGCGCUACGUACCUUAGAGACUUUAGAGACAGAGCAUCUAUCGCGACUGCAGCGACACAACUAUCGCUUUGCGUCCCAAAUGCAGACACAGAUUCCCAUCAUCAAGGAGAAUAUACGUCACUCGGCUGCCGCCGAUUUUCGCGAGUUUCUCGAAAACAUACGGAAAUUCUCGCCACGCAUUGGCGAACUCGCCAUAACAUACACGAAGCAAUUGCAGAAACGUGACAUCAAUGCCAUUAUUCAAGAGCAUAAACAGCAAAUUCAUAAUGAAGGCGGAAGCGGCGGCGAUGGCGGUGCAGAUGAUGAUGGCAGCAAUGUCAGUGCACAGGAUUUGAUAGACUUUUCUCCGAUCUAUCGUUGCCUUCACAUCUACAUGGUGCUUGGACAGCGGGAAUACUUUGAGAAAGACUAUCGACAACAGCGGCGAGAUCAGUCGAAAUUGGUUCUGCAGCCUCCGCCCAAUAUGCACGACAAUUUAGAGGCGUACAAGACAUAUAUCUGUGCCAUAGUGGGUUUCUUUGUAGUGGAAGAUCAUGUGAAGAAUACCGCUGGUGAUGUCGUUACCAGCAGCUAUCUAGAAGAGCUGUGGUCGACCUCGCUAACCAAGUUUGUUAACGAGAUCAGCAUGAGUUCUUCUUCGUGCACCGAUCCCAACAUUCUGUUACGAAUCAAAAACCUUAUUAUGCUUUCGAUCAACACUUUUAAAUGCUACGGUUACACAGUUCAAAUACUUUGGGAACUACUCCACGAUAUGCGCGAUCACUACAACGAGGUGCUACUGCAACGUUGGGUGCACGUCUUUCGGGAUAUUCUGGACAGAGAACAGUUCUUACCGAUGGUUGUGGAAAAUGCUGAGGAGUACGAAUGCAUCAUUGAACGUUUCCCGUUUCAUUCGGAGCAACUGGAAAAUGCGCCAUUUCCCAAGCAGUUUCCAUUCUCCCGAAUGGUGCCCGAGGUGUAUCAUCAGGCAAAAGAAUUCAUGUAUGCUUGCAAGAAGUUUGCCGAGGAACUCACUCUCUCACCGAAUGAAGUGGCUGCUAUGGUGCGUAAGGCUGCAAACUUGCUGCUUACUCGCAGUUUUAGUGGAUGCCUCUCGGUCGUCUUUCGGCAGCCGAGCAUAACGCUUAUCCAGCUCAUACAGAUUAUUAUUGAUACGCAGUAUUUAGAGAAAGCAGGGCCUUUUCUAGAUGAGUUUGUUUGCCAUAUGACAAACACUGAGCGUAGCAUUUCCCAGUCGCCAUCGGCCAUGUUUCACGUGGCUCGUCAAGACGCCGAGAAGCAGGUUGCGGUUCGCAUCUGUUUCAAAAUCGAUGAAUUCUUCGAGUUAAGCGCCUAUGAUUGGUUGCUUGUUGAGCCGCCAGGCAUUGCAUCUGCUUAUAUAACGGAUAUGAUCUCCUAUUUAAAAAGCACUUUUGAUAACUUUUCGUAUAAGCUGCCACAUAUUGCUCAGGCCGCCUGUCGUCGCACUUGUGAGCACAUUGCCGAUAAAAUGUAUUCGAUACUGUACGAUGAGGAGGUGAAACAAAUUUCCACGGGUGCUCUGACGCAGAUCAAUUUAGAUCUGAUGCAGUGCGAAUUCUUCGCAGCUUCGGAGCCUGUUCCCGGUCUGCAUGAAGGAGAGCUGAGUAAAUACUUUCAGCGUAAUCGGCAACUGCUCGAUCUGCUUAUUUUGGAAGAGUGGAGCACGUAUUUCCAUGACUAUGGUAAACAAGAAAAUCGCUACCAUUUAGUGCAGCCACAAUCUAUAAUUGUGAUAUUGGAAAAAAUUCGCGAGGCGGACAAGAAGCCCAUCUUUUCUCUUGUGCGAAAAAAUGAUAAGAAAAAGUUACUGGAAACAGUACUUAAACAGUUGAAGCAUAUUACCGAGCGUCAAAGUUAGAGAGAGAUAUUUAUACAUAGCAGUAAUAGUAACUUUUAAAUAGCCUUGACGUUGUAAAGUAGAUUUUAUUUUCUAUUUUCUGACUAUAACAGAAUAAUGUGAAAUCUAUUUAAAAUAAAAAUAAUAUAUCACCCACAUAAAUUGUAUUUAAUAAAGGAGAACAUUUGUUCAUGGAUUUUAUUAAGAACAUCCUCCAUUAAGUUAUUUAUGUAUGUUGAUAUUAAAACAUUUCAUUACAUGAACUGACAUUUUUUGUUAAAUCAUUUUUGCAAUUAAUUGUGAUUCAUUUGGAGAUAUUUAGGAAUUACUGUAGAUUGUUAUUGGAUUGGUGUAAAAUUAUGUUUCGAAUUUUAUAUA